AUGGAGAGGGACGGCAGCGGACUCGUCCAGAGUUUGCGACGGGAUCCUAGACAGGGCCGCCACAGGCCGACCUCAUCGCCGACGGACUUAGUCGGCAAGUUAUUCAUGCGACAUGACACAUCCAAUUGGACGGACGGCAUUCUCACGGCCACUGCACCGCCGCCGGCGGGUUGCCGUUUUGCUGCCCAGUCGUCCGUUCACACACACAACGCAGCCAACGCUUCAGCCACCUCACUCACAUUGGAAGCCCGCCUAGUCCUCCUCCAUGAUCCAUCCCCGCCUUUGCCGCUGAUUGACGCCGCAACAGUGACCGCUUCGGUCGGCAGAGCUGACAAGACAUCACUUCCACUCCAAGUCAUCCCCGUCACGGUGCGUCCCACGUCAUCCCGUGAAGGACCCUUCACCGUCCGCGUCGCGGCUGACAGUCCGUACACUCUGAACGCCGCCGCCGGCACUUGA